AGGAGUUGAGCUACAAGCCGACAACGGCGUUGUUUAUGAAUCUGUACCAGAUAGGCCGAGGAAGCCACAAGAACUGUGCGGCCUACGCGACUCUUCAGCAGCUGCCGAAGAAGAGGAGCUUCACGGAUUUGCCUACGUCCAUUCAUGGGUGGAAGAGCAAGUUCGUGUUUGUGUCCAUCGGUGAGAGUGGCACUGAGUUUCCCUCCCUCGGCCACACCGGGAGAUUUAAUCUGCAUGAUCCGCCGAAGAGCUCUAUUUUGGACGCUCAGGUGGAGGCUUUCCUGGAGGGGGGGCCGAGGAGCGUGAAAGAGUACAUCACCGAGUACAAGAUGGCCGCCCUCGGCUUCGUGAGGUACUAUGUUUAUGGUGACAAGGAGGAUGACCUCCAACUCUGGCCGAGGAUGACCACCACCUUUGAGGAGGCCGACGGCCCAGACUUGGGCAUUCCUGUUGAGGCCGAUGGUAAUUCUUUCUUCGGCUUUCUGUCUUUAUGUUUUGUCCUUUGCUUUACUAAUCUGUUUGUGCUUUUCCCUUGUAGAUUUUGUCAUGGACCGCCGUUCCAUGAUGGCUAUUGCGAAGGCCAAAGCGGCCGAGGAGAUUGCUGCUAAGGCGGCCGAAGCGGCCAGGCGUGCCGCGGCCGGUGGGAGCGGGGCAACUGCAGAUGCGGCCCCAAAGCCUGCCCCAUCCAAGAAGAAGAGACCGGCCACUGACGGCCAGAAAAAGUUGACCGAGGCCGGCGUGAGCGUCUCUAAGAAGACGAAGAGGGCUCCUUCCCCUUCUCCGGCUAGUGAGGCCGGUACGCUUACUGCCCCCAGCGUGGGCGAUGGUGGUCCCGUCGUGGACCUUACUGUUGCUGGUGAUGCCGCCCCAGCGCUGCCUCUCGUCCAGGAACCACGGACGAAGAGGGCCGGCAAGGAGAUCGCCGGUGACACCUAUCAGAAAGUGAUAGAGUACCCCGUCGGCGGGGGCGUGUUUAAUGAGCUCGUCCCCGGCCACGUCGUCCUUGCCAAGGCCAUGCCGGCCAAAGAUCGGGCUCAUUUGAAGAAGCUCGAGGACCCGAAGAUCUAUGAGGGUGGCAUGGAUCUUCUCGUCCAAAGUGCCUUCAUGCUUAUGGAAAACCAUAAGAGGCAGUACUGGGAGAUAGUCCGCCUGCAAGCGCUGGAGCAGAAGGCCGCCUCGGCCGACGAGGCGGUAGCUUGCCUUGACCGGCUCCGGGAGGAUGCCAAGGCGCUGCAGGCCAAAGCUGAUGAGGCCGUCGCGGCCAGGGACGAUGCCCUGGUCAAGCUCGAAGAGAGCAGAAGGGAGCUUGAGGAGUCCCGAAGGGCGCUUGAAGCCGAGAGGCGCAAGAGUGAGGAGGCCGCCAAGGCGAAAGCUGAGGCCGAGGCCGCCGUCGUGAGGGCUGCCGAUGAGGCUGCUGAGAAGUUCUUGGUCGAAGGGUGGAAGGCCGAUGAGAGGCUCCCCUGGUGUUACGAGGUGGUGGCCGCCAGGCUGGAGAAUUGGGGGAUGAACUCCCCUGCCGGCCGGGAGUAUUUCAGCCAGGAGAUGUCUGUUUACUACAACCUGGGCCAGGAGCGGAUGCAAAGGCUCCUGUACCGGCGGCUAUCCCGGGCGUUGAAGGCCAUGAAUUACACGGCUGGAUGGGCUAGACGGAACCUGAGGCUCCCAAAGCUGAUGAAGGAUCCCGAAGGGCAGGCCACGCUUCCGCUGUCGGAGCGGGAGUCCCCCAUAGAAAGCUCCGGCCUCGGCGAGCCGGACUAUACUGAGUUCGAUUUCUUGGAUGAUGCCACCAGCGCCGCUGCCGGCCAGGAAGCUGAGGCCGAUGAGGAGGGGGCCGACGAGAUUGAAGAGCCAGCCCCGGAGGCUUGAUCGGCUAGUCCCUAUUGUAGUUAGCUUUUCAUUUUUUUGCCCAAUUAUGUAAUGGCCGUAGUGCCCUCCAAUUGUAAUGAAUUUUAUCAAUCGAGGAAAUUUUUGCUGUCCUGUUCGGCCUUGAAUCCUUUGUGUGCUUGUUUGCUGUGUCAUUUCAAUUCUGUAAAUUGUCUAAGUAUCAAGUCAUA